CCCAUGACUUUAGCGUGGUGCGUGCUUGUUGGUUUGUUGGCUUAUUCUAAGGCUGAGGAUAGCCCCAGAAUCCAAAACAGAAACCAUGUUCUGAUGACCAUACUUGUGCAAGCAAUGUUGAUUACUAUGGCAUCGUUUUCUCCUCCAACUCGUUUCUUAACCACUCCUUCAUCGCACAGUAAACCUCAUCUCAGCCCCAAACCCUUCAUCUCCCUCAGGCCCGACAACCGUUUCUUUCUUCUCUCUACCUCAAAGGCUUCUGCAUCCGAAAAUGGGAUCGGACCUUCAGGUUCAGCUGCAACUGCUGUGGAAUUGGAACCCCAAGUGGAACAGUCGGCCCCGGAGCCUUCCCCACCGCCGCCGGAGAAGCAUGAGAGCCUUGCCGGACAUAAUGGGUCUGCUGCUGCAGUGGCCGAGGAAGUGAAGGUUUUCAGUAAUUUUGAGGACCCAAGAUGGGUGGGAGGGACAUGGGACUUAAAGCAGUUUCAGAAAAAUGGCCAGACCGAUUGGGAUGCCAUUAUUGAUGCUGAGGCUAGGAGAAGAAAAUGGCUUGAGGAUAACCCAGAAUCAUCCAGUAAUGAAAGCCCUGUAGUUUUUGACACCUCCAUCAUACCUUGGUGGGCAUGGAUGAAAAGAUUCCAUCUUCCUGAAGCUGAACUGCUUAAUGGUCGUGCAGCAAUGAUAGGAUUCUUUAUGGCCUAUCUGGUGGAUAGCUUGACAGGAGUAGGUCUAGUUGACCAAAUGGGCAAUUUUUUCUGCAAAACUCUUCUAUUCAUAGCAGUGGCGGGAGUUCUUCUGAUCCGAAAGAAUGAGGACUUGGAUAAUCUCAAGAAGCUAUUGGAAGAGACAACAUUUUAUGACAAACAAUGGCAAGCAACCUGGCAGGAUGAUAACUCAAGCAGUUCCAAAAACGAAUAGUGGGAUUGCUGUUUUGUAGUUCCCCCCACCCCUUCUGUCUUUUAAAGUAGCAUUCUAUAUAUCUUGCUCUGCCUAAGCAAUGAGAAGAUUAUGAAUCAGACAUUGUAUCUCAAUUCUUUCUGUCAUACUAGUGCAGAUGAAUGAUCAAAUUCCUCAUUCAGAAA